AUGGACAAACUGAUCUACUCCUUCAGCGGACUGGUGCGUCCAGGACGCUUUGACAUGCAGGUGACUGUCCCCAAACCAGAUGUGAAAGGACGUACAGAGAUCCUCAACUGGUACCUGAGGAAGAUUAAAGUGGAUCCAGCUAUUGAGGCCAGUAUUAUUGCCCGGGGCACGGUUGGCUUCUCGGGCGCUGACCUGAAAAACCUGGUGAACCAGGCAGCCCUGAAGGCAGCAGUUGAUGGUAAAGACAUGGUCACAUUGAAGGAGUUGGAGUUUACCAAAGAUAAAAUCCUCAUGGGCUCUGAAAGGAGGAGUGCAGAAAUAGACAGUAGAAACAAACGCAUCACAGCAUAUCGUGAGUCAGGUCAUGCGAUUGUAGCUUACUACACCAAAGACGCAAUGCCAAUCAAACAAGGCUACUAUAACGCCCAGAGGACCAAGUCUGGGACAUGUGAGACUCGCUCUCAGUUACUGGCACAGAUGGAUGUUAGCAUGGGUGGACGUGUGGCAGAAGAGAUUAUAUUUGGCCAGGAGAACAUCACAACCGUUUUAACCGGAACUGGCCGCUACGAAGACGACAGUAGAGCUCCGACCAGCAUACGGGCUAGAGGCUAG